UGGCCGCGCCGCCGCCAUAUUGCGGAUGCAGCAGCGAGCGGGAGCGAGGACGCGGGCGGUGCAGCGAUUUAGCAUCAGAGAGCAGCGUCCUCGGCGAUAGUAAUUACAGCAGCAGCAGUAGCAACAACAGUAGCAGCUAUUAGCGAUCCGAGCGGCAACUACCCGCUUCGCUCGGCGUGAGAGUGAGAGUAGCCGCCCCCCCUGCAAUCGUUGACGGCCGCGAGGAGCGCGCCAUGAGGACGUCGCCCCCCCUCGCGCCGGCGCUGGCGCUGCUGCUGCUGCCGCUGCUGUGCGGCCUCGGAGAGGCGGACGAGCACGACCACGAGUACAAGGAUGGCGAUGAGGUGGUGCUGUGGAUGAACACCGUGGGGCCGUACCACAACCGGCAGGAGACCUACAAGUACUUCUCCCUGCCGUUCUGCGUCGGCAACAAGAAGAGCAUAAGCCACUACCAUGAAACACUCGGAGAGGCCCUGCAGGGCACGGAGCUCGAGUUCAGUGGUCUCGACAUCAAGUUCAAAGAGGAUGUUUUUCAAACGACCUACUGCAACAUUGAACUGGACAAGGAGAAACAUAAAUCCUUUGUGUACGCUGUGAAGAAUCACUACUGGUACCAAAUGUACAUCGAUGAUCUUCCUAUCUGGGGCAUCGUCGGCGAGGCGGACGAGAACGCGGAGAGCCAGUACUUGUGGACGUACAAGAAGCUGGAAAUUGGCUACAAAGACAACAAGAUAGUGGAUGUGAACUUGACGAGCGAGUCCAAGGUCAAGCUGGUGCCCAACACCAAGAUCCCGCUAUCUUACUCCGUGAAAUGGAAGAAAUCUGAAGUGAAAUUUGAGAGUCGAUUUGAUAAGUACCUGGACCCUUCCUUCUUCCAACAUCGGAUUCACUGGUUUUCCAUCUUCAACUCGUUCAUGAUGGUGAUUUUCCUGGUGGGGCUGGUGUCCAUGAUCCUCAUGCGCACGCUCAGGAAAGACUAUGCUCGCUACAGCAAAGAGGAGGAGAUUGACGACAUGGAGCGGGACCUGGGCGACGAGUACGGAUGGAAGCAGGUGCACGGAGACGUGUUCCGCCCUGCCACCAACCCCGUCAUGUUCACGGCACUCAUCGGCUCCGGCUCGCAAGUCUUCUUCGUCUCCCUCAUAGUCAUCGUCGUGGCUAUCUUCGGAGACCUCUACACCGAGCGAGGCUCCAUGCUCAGCACGGCCAUCUUUGUUUAUGCCGCCACCUCCCCCGUGAACGGAUACUUUGGAGGGAGCCUCUACUCAAGGCAGGGAGGACGCAAGUGGAUAAAGCAGAUGUUUGUCAGCGCGUUCCUCAUCCCGGCCAUGGUGUGCGGAACCGCCUUCUUCAUCAACUUCAUUGCCAUCUACUACCAUGCGUCUCGAGCGAUACCAUUCGGCACCAUGGUGGCGGUGGCGUGCAUAUGCUUCUUUGUGAUCUUGCCUCUGAACCUGGUGGGGACCAUCUUGGGCAGGAACCUCUCGGGGCAGCCCAACUUCCCGUGCCGUGUGAACGCGGUGCCAAGGCCCAUCCCUGAGAAGAAGUGGUAAGUUGAGAGAGUGGGUUCAUGGAGCCCUGCCGUCAUCGUGUGUCUGGGAGGCAUCCUUCCCUUCGGCUCGAUCUUCAUUGAGAUGUACUUCAUCUUCACGUCGUUCUGGGCGUACAAGAUCUACUACGUCUACGGCUUCAUGCUGCUCGUGCUCGUCAUCCUGUGCAUCGUCACGGUGUGCGUCACCAUCGUGUGCACCUACUUCCUACUCAACGCCGAGGACUACCGCUGGCAAUGGACCAGUUUCCUGGCGGCUGCUUCCACAUCUGCCUAUGUGUACAUGUACUCCAUCUACUACUUCUUCUUUAAAACAAAGAUGUACGGUUUUUUUCAAACCUCGUUUUACUUUGGAUACAUGGCUCUGUUCAGCCUCGCUUUGGGAGUGAUGUGCGGAGCCGUUGGCUACAUGGGAACAAGUGCCUUCGUUCGGAAGAUCUACACCAAUGUGAAGAUAGAUUAAAAUGUGGGAUUGCCCACUGACGCAUCUAGCACCAAAAGAAUUUAAAGUCUCGGCAUUGUACAUCGUAUUGAAAAUUGUUGAUGGUGUGGCGCUAAAAUUGACCUCAUCACAAAAAUCUUGUCACUUUGCUUUUGUCCUGAGGGCUGAUGCAAAAAUGACCGGAUGGUUCACAGAGGAACAUCGUCAGUCAACCAGAAGAAAACCCCCGCAUCUCUUCAGUGAAGAGUGAACCGAGUCGCAGGAACUCUGUACCUAAUUAUUAUCAUCCAGGAGAGAGAGGGAGUAAUCCUAGCAAGAGUAAAUAUCCACCAUUUUAUUAGUUCAUCAUUUGGCAUGCACUGGUCUAACUGUACAAAUAAAACCAUCAAUUUUCCAUACCUAUGAUGUUACUGUAUGUUGUAAACAUGUUUCAGUGGUUGAACUUGACAUUAUUCUAAACAAAGUACUUUUUUGUGCAAAUAUGAGGUCGGGUCAAGAUUUGACUUAACCAUCCUUUUUCUUUUCAUGUUGUGGGCAGAUUUGUUUUGGUAAAGUAUAUAGGUUUUUGUGAUGUGGCUUUUAUUGAUCUCCUUCUGUUGUUCGUGUGAAGCAAAAGAAAAGAGAUAAGGGUUAAUGAUUUAACAUUACAUAAGGGAGUGGGGAUAUAUUUUAAAGGGUGCAUUGAGAAAUAUUGUCAUGUUGGCUUUGCACUGAAUCUGGUUUUGUUUUGUUUUUCGUUUUUUUUAUUACUUGUACGAAUCUGUAUUCAUUUUAAAAUUCACAGUUACGUCAUGCGACAUCAGUACGUUUUGUUAGCCGCACUUCCGUAACGCCCCUGUAAGUGGCCUGCAGUGACCACGUUUCUUGACAACGUUAUUCCUCUUCCGUUAUAGCUUCGCGAUUGGGAACACUCGGUGUGUAGAUGAUAACGGAAACGCAAAAGUAAAAACAUGCUAUCGGGCAAUGAGGCUGUGCCAUAAAGUGAUUACGUUUCUCCAUUGCUUUAUGUAAAUAUUUACGAUAUUGUAGAUGUUCAUCGAUGUUGGUGGGUUGUUGAUUAAGAGUAGAUUACAAUACAUGCAGAAUGGUCCCGUUGUGGUGUGCUGUAUUUAUUUCACCACGUUCGUGAGUGUAACGCAAAAAAACAACAAUCUGAUUUCCAUUUACCCUUCAUGACUUAAUGUUACCAACAUGUUAUUGGUACAUUGCACUGCUCCUUAAUCAUGCUGCAUAUGGUAUCACGCAUAUUGGAACUCAAUGGAAUUAAAUCUCUUCGAUUCCACAAUAAAAAAACAAUAUAUCAUUGAUUUGGAAUAUGUAUAGCUGCUGUUAAGAUAAUUAGUUGUGUGGUCAUGCCAUGCAUGCAAUGAGGGUGGUUUACGGGGUGGGUAAAGUGCAGUACUGGCUGUGGCGGUAAUGUACUUGCAUUUCUUACAAAGCCACGUGCUGUUGAAUACCCGACCAGUGCAGAGCUAACGUGCAUUUGUUCUGGCCCUACAUGAUAGGGAGCGCCAGUGUUUUUGACUUUGGAACAAUUUGGCUCACAACCACAUCUAUUUCAUCUCUAAUGGAGCAUUUGAUUUAGCCUUGGUUUUACGGUGUGCGUGUCAGGAAGUGGUUAUUUAAAUGUUACUUUUUUAAUAAGAGUUAUUUUUUAAGAAAUUUCACAUUUCUUGUUAGGCAGUUGGGGGUGGGGUGGGUUGGUGAGGUGGUUGGCGAUAUUAAAAUUUCAAACUUGCAGAAAUGGUCAAAAGAAAACAUCUACCGUUUUACAACAGUGAAUUGUACACUGAACACAUGCACACAGUAAUGCCAAAACUCGUAUUGGCUGGUGCGUGUAGAAUGCUACGGCCCACGUGUACAUUAUUGUUAGGUUCUUGUAACUUAGACACGUAGGAGUUGGCAUGCAAGUUCCCUGGAACGAAGAAUUGUCUGUUUCCAAUGCAACUUCACAUCGUGGGGACUGCAGUAUUUUCAUGCAGAUCCCCGUUUGAAAGGCAGCGCACGUGGAGAGUAAUGGAGCGCUAUGGAUAUGUUUCGGUUUACGUGGGCAGGGUUAAUCAAACGAUUAGGAGUCUUCGUGUGGUCUAACUGGGUGGGGGGCACAUGUUAAAUGCAUUUAUACAACAUCGCGUGAAUUCCCAGGGAUUGAGUCGGCUGAUGUGUUCGAAUAACGCUCACCUCAACUAACCAUCAUUGAGUCAACAAGACCGUGCGAACAACGUGGAAUGAGCAACCUCCCUUCAGAGUUGAAUUGACCAGUAACUGAUCUGUGUGCUGUAAAUUGUAUUGUGUGCGCGCGCGUGUGUGUAUAAAACACCUACAACGGUAGCGUGUUCACGUUGGCUGGCAUCCUAUAAUCGUUGCGGCCGCAGUUCAUUCCCUUGCCAUACCCCGAGGCAAUGUGUGACGAACCUGAAUUCUCCAGGCUUGCAUCGGAUUCCGAAGCUGCAAAACAAACUAGUACUGUAUAAUUCUGUAUAUAUAGUGGAGUGUGUGUUAGGAUAUACGUACGUAUACAUGUUUAGAGAUGUAUGCACACACACUAUUUGGCACUCGUUUGUAACAUGCGACGAUUGAGCUUUUUAUUUCCCCAUGAAGAGUUUUGUCAACUCCUCUGCCAAGACAUUGAAAAAAAAAAAGUGACGCAUUGGGGUCCGUCUGGAUCUUUGGAGCAUUGGAUGUGAUGAUGCUAUUCAGUCAGAUUGUACAAUGGGUCAAGGUCCUUAUUAAUCGAAUAGAGAGGUACGGGCCAGCAUGUUUGGCAGAACCUCUUAACUGGGAGUCUCAUUUAUUGAAGAAAAAAAGAUGUUUCUGCAGAUGGUGGUUAUUCAGCCUUGGGAGAUCAGCUUUGUAUAAAUGAAAAAUACUGUAAUAAUUUAAAAAUAUAUAAUAAAUUCCCAUUUUGGUGUUC